CUCUCCUCGCAGCCCUGGCACCUCACUUGCACGCUCACGGGCCGGUUGAACAAGCUCUCCGCCGCCAUCUUACGCUUCGAGUUUGGCGCCCGGCUCCCGCGGAGGAGGAGCCUCAAGAUGGAGCCGCAGGCGGCGACCGCAGGGGCUGCUGGGACGGAAAUGGCGGCGCCGGAGCCGCAGCUGGAACCGGACCGUGGCUCCCCGGUACCGGGGCGAUGUGCCUACUUCGUAGAGAGGAAGAAGCGCUUCUGCAAGAUGACCCCGGGUCCUGGGCGGCGCUUUUGCGGAGAGCACGGGCAGCACGAGGGAGAAAAUGACAGAAAAAGAAUUCCAUGCCCUCUUGAUCCAAAACACACUGUAUACGAAGACCAACUACAAAAGCAUUUAAAAAAAUGUAAUUCAAGAGAGAAGCCAAAGCCAGUCUACUUUGUUCAAGAUAUUAAUGCAGGUUUAAAAGAUGGGGCAGAAAUACCAGAAAGACAAGUACCUGUCUCUUCUCUAUCCAAAGAAGGGCUGGAGAAUUUAAUUACCAAGUUGAAAAAAGCAAGUAAUGGUGCAGGCCUAGAGCUUCGCCUUAAGGAACAAAUACUGUCCCACCAGGCUUUACAAGAAGCCUUAAGUGACCCAAAGAACGGGGAAUCUGCUUUCAAGCACUUGAAACAACAGGCUUCAAUUUUAGGUAACAUGGAAAAAUUACAUUUACUUGGUCCAGGAAGAUGUUUUGUUGAAUUUGGAGCUGGGCGAGGAAAGCUGUCUCAUUGGGUUGAUGUUGCCUUACAGAACGUUGAAAACGUUCAGUUUUUGCUUGUGGAAAGGGCAACUACAAGAUUCAAGGUGGAUGGAAAACAUAAAAGAAGAGAUUCUAUAUUUGAAAGGCUUCAAGUUGAUAUUCAACACUUAUGUUUAAAGAAAGUACCUAUUUUGGAGAAGAAAAAACUACCAGUGGUAGGAAUUGGGAAGCAUUUGUGUGGAGCUGCAACAGAUCUUGCUUUGAGAUGCUUGGUUGAAAGUUAUACAGCUUGCUGUGACGGAGAAAGUGAAGAGCCUGCAACAAAACGCUUUAGGACUGAUAAGACAGAGGUGGCUUCUAGCAAUUCUGCUGAUAAUGAAUGCAAUAAAGAUGACUGUAAGCCUGUAGCUGGAAUUGUUAUUGCACUGUGUUGCCAUCACAAGUGUGACUGGACACAUUAUGUAGGCAGAGAAUUCUUUAAAUCAGUAGGACUUGGACCAUUAGAAUUUCAUUAUUUUCAGAGAAUGAGUAGUUGGGCCACUUGUGGCAUGCGAGAAACCACAACCAGAGCCUCUACAAGUCAAGAAAGUGAAGAUGAAACUAACGACACAGAAGAACAUGAGCAAACAUUCAGCAAGACAGAAGGUGGUUCUGAUAUUUUGCAAGGGAUACUUACUGUUGAAGAACGAAAGGAGAUAGGUUGCCUCUGUAAACGGCUGAUUGAUCAUGGACGGAUUGAAUAUUUACAACAACGAGGCUACAAGGCAGCACUACAGUAUUAUACAGAGUCUGCUGUGUCCUUGGAGAAUGUCCUGUUGACAGCUGUCCCAAGUCCAUCUUUGAUACCAGAGCCAACUAUGUGACAGGAGAUA